UCCUGCUCCCGAGGAUCGCACCUUUUCAUGGAUGCGGAUUAGGGGAGAGCAGCACCAGAAGGGUGGUGUCUAAAGAGUGGAUAAUUUUUUCAACCGCGGGAAGCGACUUAUGCUGUAUGUGUGCGUGUGCGCUAGAAAGAGAAGGUUGCAUUCUGCGAGUAACGCGGUGGGUUUUGGUUGCUGGUGUCUGUGCCAUGAUGUUUGUUUUUCUUUUCCAAGCGCAGUGUGGGCAGGUCGGGCGGAAUCGACAGAAAUUGCUAAUUUCAGUGUAAAUAAUGUUUAACCAAGCUGCGCUCGGGCCAGUCUGGUGCAUUGUUUUAAGUAUAAUAGUUAGGGGUUUAUCAUUGCAAAAUAAAUAGUAAUAAAAAACAAACUAUUGAUUACCAAUGUGCUUCAUGAAUUGGUGUUUUAAAAUCGAUCAAAAAUGUUACCGGUUCUGUUACACAGAGAUUAUCAGUGAAUUGUGCAAACAGUGCAGUAAAUGGUUGAUUUAAACAAGUUGUUGCAGCCUCAAGGACGAAUCCAAAACUUAUUGGAGGAGCAUCUGGGUAAUUUUGCAUGAAACUUACCCAAUUCGAUAAUGUCGGUAAAAGUAUUUUUCGAAAUCGGCCAUAAGGCGGCAAUGAAACCCCGUACAACACCGGAAGGGUUUACGCACGACUGGGAGGUGUUUGUGCGGGGCUACGAUAACAGCGAUAUUAGUCCCUUUGUCGAUAAGGUGGUCUUCAAUCUGCAUGAUUCGUUUCCAAAACCGAAGCGAGUGGUUAAUAAACCCCCCUAUGUAGUUAAGGAAGCAGGAUAUGCGGGAUUUCUUCUGCCAGUUGAGAUAUACUUUAAAAAUAAAGGUGACGAGCCUAAGAAAAAAGUUUACACAUACGAUUUGGACCUGCAGGCUUUUAAAAUUCAACGUGAGGAGUACGUCGUGGCUAACCCAUCCGAUGAUUUCAAGCGUAAGCUAUUGAAGGGUGGCGGUGUUCAGCUGAACAGCUCAGCAUCGGCGUCCUCAGCUUCUGGCGAAUAUAAAAACCGACACAGCAACAGUGGAAGCAGCGAGAAGACAUCGUCUUCACAGGACAAAAAGUAUAAAAAAAGUUCCGGUGAUGACUCGAAGGUGCAGAAUACCUUCGCGAAUUUGUUUGGUCCUCCAAUCACCAAAGGUAGCAAUAAGGUUUCACCGGAUCCAAAGCAAGGUUUAUCCGCAUCAUCCAGUAACAAGACGUCUCCGAAUGCCGGAGCAGCGGGUGCGGCUGGUGAAAGUAACAGUAAAAACCCGCAAGUUACUCAGAAGAGUGAUCGUUCCAGUUCAAGCUCAAACUCAAAGGAUAAGGACAAAAAUGAAAAGGAUAAGUCCUCCAAGCAUAAACAUUCUAGUCCCAACAAAGAGAAAGAGUCAAAAAAAUCCUCGACAAAUGAAGAGAAGCACAGUAAGGAAAAGAAAGAAAAGAGCCACUCGAAAGAUCGUGAUAAGACGAAGGAAAAAAGCUCCAGCAGUUCUUCCUCUUCAUUUUCCAAAAGACCAGCAAGUCCAAAGAGAAAUUCUGCUACGAUGCCAAACUCGACCACGUUGAACAGCAGUCCUUCGAGCAAGCGACAUCCAUCUCCUGCGACACCGGCGACCGCCUCAGUGCCAGCCGCACUUCCAAAACCAGCCGAAGAAAAAGUUACGAACAAACACAGCAGCGACAAGGAGAAAAAAAGAGAAAAGAAAGAGAAGAAAAGCUACGAUAAGGAGAAGGAUCGCAGCGAGAAAAAAGAUCGUGAUGUUAAGAAGGAUAAAGAUAACCAGAAGAAUGCUGUAAAUGAACCACAGCAGGAUAAACCCAAAUCCGAUCUCAUUAAACCCAGUAAACUGGAUCAAGCAGUAAAGUUUGAUUCUAAACUAUACUCAAAGGAGAAGAAAAUCUCCGAGGAUCUUCCGAAGCCGGUUCCGGUUGAACCAGUCUCCGUGGUGCCGCCUGUUACUCAAGAAGUAUCCUCAAAACGGUUGGAAAAAUCUGAUACCAAGGAUAAGGAAGAAAGAAAGCACAAGCAUAAGAAAAAGGACAAGUCGAAGGAUAAGGAGAAGGACAGGUCCUCGAGUAGUAAAGAUAAAAAGGAGAAAAAGGAAAAGGAAAAAUCAUCAAGCAGCAAAACAAGUUUUGCUACACCACCGGUUACCAGGGAACCGGAAAUAGUGUCUCCCAUUAAACCCGCGAAAUUAACAGACCCCGUAAAGUCACAUCCAGUGGAGAGGGAAAAUGUGCAGAUACCUGUGCUACCAAAAAGUACCCAACCAGGUGGCAAUAGCAGCGACUCAGAAGCAGACAGUCCCCCAUCAUUGAACCCAGAAAAAGAUUCAGAAAACUCUAACAGCAGUAUAGCGGACCUGGUUGCACAAAGGCCAGCAUCUGCUUCUUCCGCUAAUAUUGCAAGGCUACCAGAGCAAAAGCCUCCUCCACAGCAACCAGCGAACGAACCAACAAAGCCAGAGAAAGCUCAUCAUAAAAGUAAAAAAGACAAGGUAAAGAGCAGCUCAGCCGAAAGCAAGGAGGAAGGCAAAAAACGAAAACGAAAGAACAAAGACACAGAAAAUGAGAAAGAGAAGGAAGGUAAAAAAUCAACUACCGUGGUGGUGGCACCGCCCGUGGUUGAGCAGAGGAGUCCUUCACCUCCGACGCCGCCUCCAACAUUGAUGGAACCGCCAGCGAAAAUUCCCAAACGUGAUGAUCACUACAAACGUGACGAAUCAUCCCCGGUCCCGACUAACAACAAUUCCAAGCUGAGUUCGGCGGAAGAGACCGUCCCAACCUCAUCCUAUUACAACAAUAACAACACCUCAUCGGCGUCUGUUAUGGCCUCACCUGCUUUACCGCCUCCAUCCGCGUUACAGGCACCUUCCAACAACAGUGCUACUCCGAUGGGUGUCCUGUCCGGUGACUACAUGUCCGAGCUGAAAGAUUUGCAGCACAAAAUCAUGACUCUGCAGGAUAACAACGAGCUGCAGCGGGUAGUGGAAAUGAUCGCUGCCACCGGAUGCUACGAAAUCACCAGUGCAACGUUCGACUUCGACUUGUGCGCACUCGAUAGGCACACCGUGCAGCGACUGCAGGAAUUUUUCGCCACAUCCUGUUCAUCCUGACAGUAAGGCCAUGCAACUCGAAUCCUCUGGCUCAAAAGCUGUAAGUUCCUUCGUACACCAUUCUCCAGAUACCGUGCAGAAUACGGUUUUUAUUCAUUUAUUUCUAACCUUGCCUCACACGUUUUAGAUUACUAAAUUUUAUUUAUGAUAUUAUUUAUUGCCCUUCGCUGAUUGAGAUGGAGUUGGGCUUCACACUUUUUAGACGCAUGAAGUUUAUUUUAAUUGCUGAAUUCUGAACCUCUUCUGGUUAGCAUGAGUUGUCUUUUGGCAAUGUACAAAAUAGUUUCACCUCGAGAAAGCAAUCCUUCCUCUCAAACAGCUGCAGAAUCUACUUUCCACCAUUGUAUAUUUGUACAUACAGUUUUAUAAGGCUACCUAUUACAUAUUUAUAUGUAAAAAAUAUCGUACUGAAAAUGGACAAAUUUGGAACAAGCUAGAAUAAAAAUUAUGGAUACAAAUGCUAGGGCACUACAUUCAUAGAUGAGAAGCGUACUAAGAGCGGAAACUGCAGCGCCGCUGAAUGAAGCGUUGUAUUGUGUAUAGCUUUUCGCUUUAGUUUCUAUCCCCAAUACGUGUAAAACAGUUAGGUAUAAAGCGCAGUAUCUGUUACCAUUCAGGAAUAAAGCUAAAACAUCAUUUAACCAUACAAAAAACUGGGUUUUUAUAAUUGUGUUUUCAAUGAGAAUGGACGUUUCACUAAAGGGUAGAUUUCAUUGUGCUCUUUCGGUGUUUGCCUUUACGUGUAAUUAAGGUUCAAUUUAUUAACUUGUCUUUUUUAUUGUUUGUAUCAGUGAAUUCAGAAGCCUGGUUUUUAUACAAAAAAAAAUCUCUAAGAAACCUUGUGAUAUCUUCGCGCAUUUUUUUUUUUUCAUAUUAACAUUUACCAUUUCAACUCCCUUAAUAUUUCGACUGACCAUGAUCAGAAUUGAAGCGCUCCAACUCGUUUUCCUUCGGACAACUGCACUUUGCUGAUAAUCACUCUUCAAUCACAUGAUGUUUCUCUUAAAAAAAAGUAAAUGGAAAUAAGACGCCCUAUUUUGAAAGCUCGUUUUUCUUCAAGCUAUCAGUUUCAAAUAAAAUUCUCAAAUUACGACAGAACAUCAAAUUAAUCUGUAAAAAAACUAACGUUUGAGAGCACAUCUACGUUGGCCAUCGAGUUUCAUUUUCAUUGCAAACAAAGUUUAAUUAUCCCACCCAUAAUCCGUUCAUCAAAACCCAUACUAAACCUAUGUUAACAAAUGGCAUCACAACGCGACAAAAAAUAAAUAGUAUAGAGUGUACAAUACAACACGAUACCUGCUGGUAUCUUCUUUGUGAUCUGAUGAUAAUUGGACUAUUGUAACAUUAUGGAAUAAACAGCAAUUGCAGAUCCGGCAGCCGGCGUGUUUAGAAUAUCCCAAAACAACCGGUGUAACAUCGCAGACUCCCGGAGCGUUAUUGUCGUUACACCUACUUUUAAGAUUGUGCAAAACACUAAUCCGCGUACACGCAUUAUUUGUAAAAUUUGUUGGUUACUAUAUUAUAUAUGGUACAUAUAUAUUUAAUUUUGAACCGGCUAAUAUAUUUGUUACAAUAAAAAUACAACUCUCGCGAUAACAGACCCGGGAUAAGCAAACCACAUUUGUACUUUAUAAUGUUUAUGUGUGCGUAUAAGCCAAGAAUGAUGUUUUAGUCGCUAGAGAGGAAAGAAUGGCCAAGUAUUUACAGCAGGACACUAGAACGUAGCUUUAAAUAAGUAUGAUUCACUUGUCAAGCGCAUUAUUUUUCUUAGUUUCUCAAGCGUAAAAAUGGAUGGUCUUUGUAAAACUUUUGCGUUCCAACGGACGCUUGUCCUAAGUUUAGUCAAAAAUUCGUCUUAGGCAGUACCAGAACCGAAUAAAUUGAUAACAUGAAACAGAUGAAUCACAAAAAA